AUGCGGGACCAGACCCCGCGCAAGCAAAAAAAAACGUAUAUUUCUUCCCGUUGGAAACUUCCCUCCUAUCCAUCAUCUAUCACCAUGUCUGUCACCACUAAAGCCACCAUCGCCUCCUUUGGCGGAAAGCUGCUUAAGCUUAGCCACAAUGCCACUACUACUCGCUGCGAGAUGUCCUUCAAUCUCUACCUGCCCCCACAGGCUCAGACCCAGAAGGUCCCCGUGCUGAUUUAUCUAUCCGGUCUAACUUGCACCGCGGACAACUGUUCGGAGAAGGGCUUCUUCCAACACGGUGCUAGCAAGAAGGGAAUUGCAGUACUGUAUCCCGAUACCAGCCCUCGUGGUCUUGAUAUCGAAGGCGAGAAUGAUGCUUAUGACUUUGGCUCUGGUGCUGGCUUCUACGUCGAUGCUACUAAGGCUCCUUAUGAUCAGGGCUACAACAUGUAUAGCUAUGUUACUGAAGAGCUGCCCCAGACUGUCUUUGCCGCUUUCCCACAGCUGGACUCUAGCCGUGUGAGCAUUACAGGACACAGUAUGGGUGGACAUGGUGCCCUUACUUUGUUCCUCCGUAACCCCGGCAAGUACAAGUCCGUUUCGGCCUUCGCUCCCAUUACCAACCCGAUCAAUUGUCCCUGGGGCCAGAAGGCGUUCAAUGGCUACUUCGGUGAUGACCAGCAGGCGAAGUGGAAGGAGCAUGAUGCUACUGAGCUGAUUAAGAAGUGGACUGGCGGUCCUCUGGAUAUCUUGAUUGAUGUGGGCACUGGCGACAACUUCUACAAGCAGGGCCAGCUCCUGCCUGAGAACUUCGAGGCCGCCGCUAAGGAAGCUGGGUUGACCGGCUUGCGUAUCCGCUACCAGCCGGAUUAUGACCACUCCUACUAUACGAUGGCUUCCUUUGCCGAUGAUCACGUUGAGCAUGCGGCAAAGUAUCUUCUUGCAUAG